AAUGGCCCAGCCUACCGCACCAGCAACGUCCAUCCAUGACGAGGACUCCUCUGAAAGCAGAAUGGUGGUUACAUUCCUCAUGUCGGCACUCGAGUCAAUGUGUAAAGAACUUGCCAAGUCCAAGGCAGAAGUUGCCUGUAUUGCUGUAUAUGAAACAGAUGUGUUUGUAGUUGGAACUGAGAGAGGAAGAGCCUUUGUCAAUUCUAGGAAAGAUUUUCAGAAGGAUUUUGUUAAAUACUGUGUUACAGAAGAGGAGAGGGCUGCAGAGCUGCAGAAAACCAAGGCUAUACCGACUGUAAACAGACUGACAGUGGAUAUUGUGGAACUGGAAGCUCUCAGAAAGUCUGUGGAGGACUUUUUCUGCUUUUGCUAUGGUAAAGCUUUAGGAAAGUCAACAGUGGUACCUGUGCCGUACGAGAAGAUUCAGAGGGACCAGUCUGCUGUGGUAGUGCAGGGCUUGCCCGAAGGACUCGCGUUUAAACAUCCAGCAAAUUACGAUGUUUCAACCCUGAAAUGGAUUUUGGAAAACAAGUCAGGGAUCUCGUUUAUCAUCAAAAGGCCGUUCCUAGAGCCAAAGAAACACCUAGGAGCUCAUAUGACAGAUUCUUCACAUUCAAUUAUACCUCCAAGUGGAAGUUGUCCUCCAAUUCAAGUGAAAAUGGAACCAAAGGAGGAUUCUGGAAUUUCUUUGGAAAUGGCAACAGUAACAGUGAAGGAGGAAUCGGUUGAUCCUGACUACUAUCAAUAUAAUAUUCCAG